AUGGGCGUGCCUAGCACAUUCAGCUGGGUCUUGCUGCUCUGCACAGUGCCUAAUGUGUGUAAUUACACCUUCAGAAAACCAUCAGGUAUUAUCGCCAACUAUGAAGGGCCAGAAACGGUCUGUGUCUGGACCAUCCAAAUAAGCUCUGGUGGAAAAAUUGUUCUGAAACUACCUACUAUAAGGCUCAACUGUGCCAAAGAGAAGUUGGAAAUCAUGAACGGACCUGUAGGAUCUUCUUUCUUGGGGAAGCCUUGUAAUGGUGUCAAUUUUCUGUAUCGAUCUACUUCCAAUGUUAUGACUAUCAGAUAUUCCAGGAAAAGUGGCUUCUUUCCUUCUUUCUUCUCCAUGAGCUACUCCAAAAUCUAA